CCCACCGCUGUGCGUCGGAUUGUCGGCUUCAUCGCGCCUUAUUAUGUCCGCCGGGGAAGGCUUGCAUGAGAUCUGCAUAUAUCUUUCGGAGGAGGAAUGCGACAGCCAACUCGUAAGCCCCAAAGCUGAGUGCACCGGUGUGACGGGCAACUACGAAGAUGACCUCGACGAGGCCGGCGCCGACUCUUCAGUGUCCGCCUGUGAAACCUGCGGUGCCUGCUUCUCUUCGCCAGAGUUCCUGGUCAGGCACCGUCGCUAUGGGCACACGGGAAGGCCCCAAAGUCAGCAGCAGUCUUCUCGCAGCAGGGUGAGACCCGACGACGAGAACGGGGAUGAGGCGACCGUCCGCCAAGAAAGCACCGGCCGGCGCAGUUCGAGAUCGCAGGCCAGCUCGGAGCGCGCGUGCGACGUGUGCGGCCGUCGCUUCGCAAAUUCCUCGCACUUGGCGCGUCAUCGCAGGACGCACCGGGGAAGCUCGGACGAGUUCUUGUGCGCCGACUGCUUGCUGUCCUUCGCCAGGAAGGACGCUCUGCAGAGGCACAUGCUCACCCACACGGGGCUGCGGCCCUACAUAUGCCGUGUCUGUGGCAGCGCGUUCACUCAGCGGAGCAGCGCCACGAGGCACGAGAGGAACAUACACGGCCUGCCGUGACGGUGCGAAAGGUGUACUGGCAAGCGAGAGGAGCUCUCACGGCUGCCAGCGAGACAAGGCUGUUCGGCUGUGAUUG